CAUUGGGGCAAGAAGAUAAAACGCUUCCCAUAUCUCUGCAGCCUUUACGCUGAUAUCAUUGCCAAAACCGCCAUUUCCGUUUCCCCAUCGAGCAAUUCUGCUUUUGCACGCGCCACUACAACUCGAAGCCCCAUUGGUUGCUUAUUGCCAAGAUUCUUCCUCCAUAGCCAGCUUCCCUUCUUAUUCUUACUGGCAUCAAAGGACACGCCCGUACCAGAUCCUUGCCCUUGCCCCUAAAACGCCAUUUGACAGACAGGGCAAGCCACAAAGAAAUUACCCUCCCCGAGUUUGCUCUGCUCUGCUCUCUCUUUCCCCUCCACCGGGAACUGUGCUUGACGCCGUUCUUACUCUGGCAGCUCAGCUGUCGGUCUCUCUCUCUCUCUACAUAUAUAUUAUAUUGGUGCCGGUGAUUGCCUGGGAAAUACUUCACGAAAAGCGAAUAUAUUCGGGCUCGCUGGCAUCGGUGUUUGGAUUCUUGGCUUGCGGGUGAGCCAAUGGAUCUGCGGCUAGGGCUUUAACUCGGAGAUAAGUGUGCGCUUAGCACGCCUAGUUUGGAAUCCACUGCCAAAAAUGAAGCAGAAAGGAGAGCUUGUUACGAGCGCCAAGAUUCGGAAGUAUGCCUUGAUCGGAUUACUCGUCUUCCUCGGGCUGAUUUGUCUGUACUACGGCUCAUCGGUGGCUCCAGGUCUGCCGGCGUCCGAGGGCGCUGCUUCAGCCUUGGACGACGGCGCCGAUCCUGUAAUCCGCGGCUUUGUUCCCAAGCGCGACUACUUCGAUGAAAUGUUUGAGGACCAAGAGCACAAUCCUGAAGUACCCAAGUCCAUACCCAUUUGUGAUAUGAGGUACUCGGAACUGAUACCAUGUUUGGAUAGAAAUUUGAUAUAUCAGAUGAAACUGAAGCCUAAUUUGUCGUUAAUGGAGCAUUAUGAACGGCAUUGUCCACCACCGCGACGGCGUUACAACUGUCUUAUUCCCCCUCCAAAUGGCUACAAGAUCCCAAUUAGAUGGCCAGCGAGUAGGGAUGAAGUGUGGAAAGCAAAUAUACCGCAUACACAUCUUGCACUGGAGAAGUCAGAUCAGAAUUGGAUGUUUGUGGAUGGAGACAAGAUAAAGUUUCCUGGCGGGGGGACUCAUUUCCAUUAUGGAGCUGAUAAGUACAUCAGUGCUAUCGCUGCAAUGCUCAAGUUUCCGGGUGAUAAACUCCACAACGAUGGCAAUAUACGCAAUGUUCUUGAUGUGGGAUGUGGGGUUGCAAGUUUUGGGGCAUACCUUCUGCCACUAAACAUUAUAGCUAUGUCACUUGCGCCUAAUGAUGUUCACGAGAACCAAAUACAGUUUGCCCUGGAGAGGGGCAUUCCAUCUACUCUAGGUGUCUUGGGGACAAAAAGAUUGCCUUUUCCAAGCAGAUCAUUUGAACUUGCUCAUUGCUCCCGAUGUAGAAUUGAUUGGCUUCAAAGAGGUGGAAUUCUCUUUUUGGAACUUGACAGAUUACUACGACCUGGAGGAUAUUUUGUCUACUCUUCUCCUGAAGCCUAUGCACAUGAUUUGGAGAAUCGAAGAAUUUGGAAUGCAAUGUAUGAUCUUUUGAGAAGAAUGUGUUGGAGAGUAGUUUCAAGGAGAGACCAAACCGUUAUAUGGGCUAAGCCACUAAGUAAUAGCUGUUACUUGAAGAGAAAUCCUGGGACCCAUCCUCCGUUGUGCAGUUCUGAGGAUGAUCCAGAUACAAGUUGGAAUGUGUUGAUGAAGCCCUGCAUCACCCCAUACUCUGCAAAGAUGCAUAAAGAAAAAGGAAGUGGUCUAGAACCUUGGCCAAAAAGGCUAACAGCAGCUCCUCCGCGUCUUGAAGAAAUUAAUGUUAGUCCUGAUGAAUUUCUAGAAGAUUCUAGCAUAUGGCACUAUCGAGUGACUGAGUACUGGAAGCAGAUGAAAUCUGUUAUACGGAAAGAUUCCUUCAGAAAUGUAAUGGAUAUGAAUUCGAAUCUUGGUGGCUUUGCUGCUGCCCUUAAAGAUAAAGAUGUUUGGAUAAUGAAUGUUGCUUCUGUCAAUGCAUCUUCCAGAUUGAAGAUUAUAUAUGAUCGAGGCUUAAUUGGAACAGUUCAUGACUGGUGUGAAUCCUUCUCUACGUACCCACGCACGUACGAUCUCCUACAUGCUUGGACAGUGUUUUCAGAGGUUGAGAGUCGAGUCUGUAGUGUGGAGGAUUUGCUGAUUGAGAUGGAUCGCAUGCUACGGCCUGAGGGUUUUGUCAUCAUAAGAGACAAACCUUCGGUCAUAAACCAUAUUCAAAAAUUCUUGACUGCCUUGAGAUGGGAUGGAUGGGUAUCAGAAGUAGAACCCAGGAUUGAUUCCCUCUCCUUAAACGAGGAAAGAGUUCUGAUAGCUAGAAAGAAGCUGUGGGAGGAUGAUGCAACAACUUUGUGAAAUAUGUUAUCUUGUUCAGAGAACAUUCCCCCUUUCUGAUAUUUGAGAUGAUACGUCAGAUAGACGUACAACUAGAUAUGGAAUAUGCAUGCAGCAACACCUAGAUUCAUCUGUGAACAGUUAACAAGCAUGUGUUAGUGAAGCCAAAUGCAGGUCAUGUAUACGUCCAGUGUUAGAGGAAUUUGUGUAUCUACUUGGAUAUGCUUUCUAGAAAUUAAAUUUUGAAUCUUUGAUUCCUAGGCAUUUACAUGAUCCUUCUUGCU